AUGCACGACCAAUCAAUGGUCUCUACUCCUGGUCAACCUCCCCCAGUAUGGAGAGAGAACACCAGGUAUACAAUCGGAAUGGUGGUUCAUUCUCAAGGCACUUGGUGGAGGUGUGAGCAAGAUCAUUUCGGUGGUAAUCUUUCGGAAUCUCUUCCAUCUUUGAACCUUCAUCUUUGGACACCUAUCGGAAGUAGUCAUUUAUCCCAAUUUUCCAACCUCAACACCCCAGCACAAAUAAUAAGUCCAACACCCGAAAUUGUCUCUUCACACCACCCAGCCCACCAUCUGGAAUCUCAACUUCCUUUCACCCAAUACGCCGAGAGCUCAUCAAAUAACAAUAUCAAAAUGGCAUCUGAACUCCACUCCGAUCCAAGCGCAAGCUCGAGCUCUGGAUCAGGAAUAUCCCCAGGUGAAAGUCGUUCAGAAUCCAACUCUUCUGGAGAAACAGUCCGUCCUACAGCUUCAUCCUCCAUAGAUGAAGAUCGCCGUCAGAUGAAUACGGACAGAGCCUUCCUAGCUUCUCGAGCUAGUGAAAGUUUGAGGUAUCUAAUUCUGAGGGAAGAAGAACAUCAAGCGGAGGAAGAAGAAGGGUUGAAGAAUGAAUUGGAAGGUAGAAAAGUUUGGAGAGUCGGGGGGAUAGGUGUUUGGGCUUAUUCGAUAAUUGAGAGGGUGGAAUUAAGAAAGAGGAAUUUGUUCAGACUGUCAGGGGAGACAGGUGGGAAGGAUGAAUGGUAUAAAGCGGCUUUGGCCAGAACAGAGUUUUACAAAAACACAACAGGCGUCAAACCUCUAGUCAUGUGGAAAUUGGUUGAACGGGGUGAGCACUUACCUAACGAUGCUCUACCCGUCGGCAGGGAAGAAAAUGGUCAAAUCCUUUAUACCGCCAGAGCCUGGUGGGAAGGAGGCGUUCAUCCCGGGCCAGGCAUCCACUUAGUCGACUCCGCUUCCAUUUCCUACGCCGGCUCGGAACAUUCUCUUGACGUCUACGAAGUACUAUGUGGUCCCGCCGAUCCGGAUAUCAUCAAAUGGAUGUCUUUCGAUCAUGGGCAAAGGGCAACCGUGGACGGGUGGCAGCCUGUAGAAGGAGGGAGGGAAAGAGAUGGUAGAGCGUUGUUAGUUGCUCGUGGGGAGUAUGAGAGCGGACAACAUCCAGGCAAAUGCUUGGUCGACGACGAUCAUGCCUGCGUCGGCUACGGAGGUGGAGAAUUAUGGGUCAGGCCUUUCCAAGUGUUGGCCUACGCUUCUGCCAGCCGUCGCUGA